UCUGGCAGCCAGGCGGCCGCGCUCGGGAAGCGGCUCCCGGCCCCGGGAUGGGGAGGGCGCUGGCGGCUCCCGGCCCUUUGCUGCCGCUGCUGCCGCUGCUGCUGCUGCUGGCGGGCACGGCGGGGCUCUGCCGGGCGCUCCUGGCGCUGCCGCUCCGCGUGUCCCAGCCCGCCGCCCCCGCCGCCCCGCCGCCCGCCCCGGUGCUGCUGCGCCCGCCCGGCGGCGGCCGCCAGCAGGAUGCCCCCGGCGCUGCGGACGGCUUGGCUUUGGCCUCGGAUCCCGGCGGCACCCUCAACUUUUUAGCCAUGGUGGAGAACCUGCAGGGCGACUCCGGCCGCGGGUACUACCUGGAGAUGCUGAUCGGGACCCCGCCGCAGGCGCUAAAUAUCCUGGUUGACACUGGGAGCAGCAAUUUUGCUGUGGCAGGUGUGCCUGAUCCUGAUGUCACAUCCUACUUCAAUCCUGAGCUGUCAAGCACAUACAGAUCUCAAGGGAUUGAGGUCACAGUGAAGUACAGCCAAGGCAGCUGGACUGGAGUGCUGGGCACAGAUGUCAUCACCAUGCCCAAAGGACUCUCUGGCAGCUACACCAUCAACAUUGCCACCAUCCUGGAGUCAGAGAACUUCUUCCUGCCAGGGGUGAAGUGGCACGGGAUCCUUGGUCUUGCCUACGAUGCCUUAGCCAAGCCUUCGAGUUCUGUGGAGACAUUCUUUGAUUCCCUCGUGAGGCAGGCCAAGAUCCCCAACAUUUUCUCCCUGCAGAUGUGUGGUGCUGGACUCCCUGUUUCUGGAAGUGGUACCAACGGAGGUAGUCUUGUGCUGGGUGGAAUUGAGCCCAGUCUGUACACAGGGGACAUCUGGUACACACCCAUCAAAGAGGAGUGGUACUACCAGGUGGAAAUCCUCAAACUGGAGGUGGGGGGACAGAACCUGGAGCUGGACUGCAGAGAGUACAAUGCUGAUAAAGCCAUAGUAGACAGUGGAACCACUCUCCUUCGACUGCCAGAGAAAGUCUUCAGUGCUGUGGUGCAGGCAAUAGCUCGCACAUCCCUGAUACAAGAAUUCUCUUCUGGUUUCUGGACUGGUUCACAGCUUGCAUGCUGGGACAGAACUGAAAAACCCUGGUCCUUAUUUCCCAAACUCUCCAUUUACCUGAGGGAUGAAAACUCCAGUAGGUCGUUUCGGAUCUCUAUCCUACCACAGCUUUAUAUUCAACCCAUCCUUGUGAUAGGAGAUAAUUUGCAGUGCUACCGGUUUGGCAUCUCCUCCUCCACAAACGCCCUGGUCAUUGGUGCUACAGUCAUGGAAGGAUUUUAUGUCAUCUUUGACAGAGCCCAGAGGAGAGUGGGCUUUGCAGUGAGUCCCUGUGCAGAAGCGGACGGCUCCCCCGUCUCGGAGAUCGAGGGCCCUUUCACCACAGCAGACGUCGCCAGCAACUGCGUCUCCAGCGUUUCCUUCCACGAGCCCGUGCUCUGGAUCGCCUCCUACGCCCUGAUGAGCCUGUGUGGGCUCAUCCUGCUGGUCCUGGUGGUGCUGCUGCUCAUCCCGCCCCGCUGCCAGCACCGCUACACCGACAACGACGUGGUCAACGACGAGUCCUCCCUCGUGCGCCACCGCUGGAAGUGAGAGGCUGGCUCCCAAAAACUGACUCCAAAACAGGGCCAAGGACUAAGAGCCCUGCCAAGGGGAAGAAGCCAAUGCCUCCUCAGUCCUUCCUACGUCCCUACAAAACGCUGUUGGAAAUCCCACCAAAUAUCCUGCGUCGUGACUUUUACAGCUUUAUUUUCUAACACCGGUUCUGAACCAAAGCACUGCUAACCACCUCUGAAGUGCUACGGUACUGGAUUUGCUACUGCAGUACAAGGAGCCUUUAUGCUCUCUACAGUACCUUCUUUAAAAAAAAAACCUAAAAAAAAUUUUACAAAAAAAAAAAGAUAAAAAACCACACCAUGAUGUUCUUCCACUGUCUGAACAAAAUUGCCCAUGUCUCUCACAAAAAAAAGGAGCUGUCAGUAUUUUCUAACUAAUCAAGCCCUGACUGUAGAAAAAGAGAAAAAAAAAUUAAUAAUCUUUCUUAUUAAUUGCAUUAAAUGAAUACUGCUUUCUGUUUACAUCAGUUUAUUUUGAAACUGUGCUUAUGGUGUGGGGGAGGGAGAAAAGCCAGACUUAAGCAGCAGAGAAAGAGAAGGGAAAUCAAGAAGAAAUGUUGGUUUGUGGUUUCUUUCCUCAAGAUCACUGCUGCCACUUGAGAGGGUCACCCUCCCUGAGAGCUGUAACAAAAUAGUACAAGGUGGUGAAAACUGGGAAACAAAUUUGUUCAGCCUUAGAGUAAAACAAGACUACCUCUCUUAACUUACAAGGAUGCUACCACUGGUGAGUGUGUGGAUUAGAACUGGUCUUGAAGCACAAAGAUGCUCCAUACAACCAAAUGGAACUACUUGGCUUUGAAUUUUUUGGGAUUUUAUAAAAAUUCCUACUUCAUGACUUUCCACUUUGGUGCACAAAAAGCCAAAACAAAAAAAUAACUCACCUUUCAGUUUCCCCCCUCAUGUGGGGUUUUGUUGUUUUUUUCUGAGUUGAUAUUUAGCAAAGGCUGAUCUGCAUAUGUGUGGACAGACAAGAAAGCAAGGUGUGUGUUCUGCUGUAUUUCUAGAGAGUGUGUAACUAAAAGGAAACCAAAUAAGAAACACAACUUUUUUUUUUUUUUUUUUUUUUUUUUUAAUUUGGCUGAGCUCAGCAACCUAGAAAUCAAAAGGAGAAGUAGCUGUCUUUAUGGACAGGCUGUGAAGUGAAAGUCUUUAUGCUGGCUUGUUUUUCAGCUUGAGGUGUUCAGUUUGGCAUCAAUCAAAGGAGAAGUGUGUGUGUCCUGGCUGAAAACAAACACGUGGUGGGACUGGCAAGAAUAGAGGGAGAGAGCAGGGCAGAAUGAAUCUGACCAGGAUUCCAUUCUGCAAGAGCAGAUCAUCAUGCUGAGGUCAAAACGAGAUAUUUUCUUUGCAGAAAGGACAAUUUUUCUUUUCUCUUGUUGCAGGCUUCUAUUGUAACACUGGCCUAAGUGUUUGGAUUGAGAAGAUAAACAGUGCAAGGCUGAGAGUUUCUUUUAUACAUACAAAAAGGAAAAAUAUUCCUUUGCAUUUUCAUAGCAGAGCAUAUCUGUGGGAAAUGAGAGAAAAAAAAAAAAAAGCUUAGCUCUGAAUUUCUCAAUCCCUUGCCUAGACAAUUUUCUGCCCAAAAUCCCUUCAUAUAGCUCUGUGAUUCACACUGCCUCUGCAUCUGACUCUGCAUGGAAUAAGGAAAGAUUUUUUUUUUCCCCCAGGAAUGGUGCAUUUACAAGGUGCACGUCAUGUGUGUGAAAAUAAAACACUGUGGGAUUUUUUUUUAACUAACUUAUGUCUUUCAUGUCAUAACUGGAAGUGCCUGUGGUUUUCUUUUCAAUCUUUGCACUUUCAGAUUGCUUGGCUCAGUAGAGUAAAAUAAUUGAUGCUGUGAUCCAACAUCUGAAAAGGAUUUCUCAUGGAAUUUGGAGUUGGAAACAGGAGGAGAUUUGGAGUUUGUCUCCUUCUUCCUCUACCUCUUAGUUUUUAAGAGGAGAAAAAUUGUGAAUGACUUAAUCCAUAGAGUUUAGCUAUUUUCUCAGUGUUCUAUUUUCCAUAUCUCUUUCUUAAUAUAUUUUAAUUAGAUAUUAUUAAUAUAGGCACGUUGUCCUCCUGGGUUUAAUUUUACACAUAACAACUUCAGAAUUGCAUUCCUUCUUUUUCCACAGCAUGGCAAUAGAAGUUCUUCUUCUGACACUUGCUUCAAACAGAAACAUGGUAUGGAUUUUGGAUGGAUAGUGUUAAACAAUAAACCCUCUUUCAAUUCAGAAAGUGAAAACACCUUGUAUGCUCUUAAAAGGUUUCAUCACUGCUCCCCUCACCACGAAGAGUUUUAGGAAGGAAUUUAUUGGGAAAGGCUCUGAGUAAGCUUUUUAAUGAGAUUUCUUCUGAGUUUGUGAACAAAGUCUUCUUAGUGCACUGGAUUUCAUAUGAAAGAUUUAAGUAUUAACCUUUCUCUUUGAAUGUCCUUGGUCAAGAUAUUUUAAGGGAAACACUUGAAUGAGGAGGAGCAAUAUCAAGUACCACAAAUGAAAUACUGAUUAUAUUCUUGAGUUUUCCUGGCAUUCCUUCACACUAAAAAUGUGGCUGGUAGUAAAAAUACUGAGUGACACCUGCAAGCAGCACAAACUUCAUCUGGGCUUGUAAAUUGAUACUUACACUGCCAGAAAUUCAGGUGAGCAUUGCUCUGUUGCUCUGGCAACAAGGAGAGCAAUGGAAACCCUGGAGGGUUCAUUUUUAGCCUACAACACAUUAAGAAAAAUAAUGCUUUGGAGCAGUUCUGUAUGGAAGAUGAAAUGCAGGGAUAGACUACACUAUAACCAAGUGUAGUCACUUGGUAACUCACAGUGAUCUCUCCCCCUGAUCCAUUUCAAAAAAUAUAUAUGUUGUGAGAUAUGUUCCUGUUAACCAACUUCAGGUGUAAGAAUAAACCACACCUUAAAAAUAAAAGCAGGGAAGAGGAGUGAAAAAAAAAAAAAAAAAAAAACAAAAAAACAAAAAACAGAGCAUUGAGUAAAGAUGAUGCUGGAAAAUAUUUAUUAUGGAAGACAAGAUGCUCCAAAUCACAGCUUUCCAAACCAUCCCUUGUAAGAAAUAUCAAUAUUUCUUGCUGACCCAGCUCUGCUCUGCUGGGGAUGUCCCAGGAAAGUGUCAGAAAACCGAAUUCCCCUGGCUGCAGCCUCACAGGUAAUUUGAUCCAUUGGUGCAGUCUCCAGGAUUUGAGGGGCUGUGGUUUGAGUCUGAGAGGUUAAACCUGAGCCCAGCCCUGGGAAUAGGUUAAUUCUAUCCUGCUGCCUCUGCAGGUUUUAGGAAUAUUAUCAUGGGUUUUUUGGUGCAAUUUAAAUGCUGGGGGAAAUAGAUGAAGCAUUUUAAUAAGGCUUUUGUUCAGGUGAUGUAAAAGAAGUUAGGUGGAAGGGAUUGUUCCAUUUUUAGGGUGAAGGAUUGUGUUUAGGAUGUUGAAUCGACCUAAAUGCAAUGUAUCAAGGGGUUUUGGUAUCUCUUGUGCUCAAUAGCUGUAAAAUUUAUCAGCUAAAGUCAACCUAUGAGUACCCAGCUCCUUGUUGUGUAUUGGCUGGCUUUGUCUUACUGAAGGAUGAGCCUUUUGUCUACCAAGCUUGUCCUUUUAAAUAUUAAAAGGCUUGUGAGAGUUUGCAUAGCACUGCAUGUUUCCAGAGAGUGGAAGAUUGAUCCUUAAAUUUCCCAGUAUUACAAAAUGGUUGUGCUGCUGGAAGUUUCUUUGAUUUCUGUAGGGAUUUCAAGCAGCUGGGCUGGUGUUGGUUGUCAUAUCCUCAUCUCUGACAUGCAUAUAAAUAGCAAUAUGAGCAGUGUAAUGAAGGGUGUUGGUACAGUGACCUGUGGAGGUCUAAUUAAAGGGAAUUACAGAAAGAAAAACAAAUAGGAUGCCUUUAGCUUCAUUAAAAAUUGCAAGAGUAUAACAGAUUGAUCCUUUUCAGAAAAGGCUGUAUGUUUUACCAAGACAUUUGUUCCUGUCAAACUUGAGUCUCUGGUUGAUAAAUUGUUCAUUUCUGGUUGCUGAAGUCCUUGCUGCUGUUGAGAGAAGUGAAGACAGGUUGGUAAUGGGAUAUGAGCAAUCUUCUGAGCCAGUUAGAUUUGCUGUCUUUGGAGGCUUAAUUAGAUGCUAAUCCAGGUUUGUGAGUAAUCCAGCAUGCUGGUUAUGGCUCUUUGGGAAUUCUAGCAGAAAUACUUGGCUUCAGCCAAAGCCCUGGGUGAGAUGGAACCAAAACACAAAAGCCACAGAGAGACAGCAGCUGCUGAGAAGCUGCUGUAGGUGCAGCAUUGUCUUGGUUUGAAGGACAGGUGUCUGCUAAGAAAGGCAGAAGCUUCUCUUUGAAAUGGAGAAUGUAAACCCCCUCCCUCCAAAUUAUUAUAAUUUUGAAAUUAAGGGGCUCUCAGGCAAAGAGAUGGGAAUUAGGAAUAACAGUUCUUUACUAGGAAAAUUAAAAUAGAAAUACAGUAUUACAAAGAACAAUCCCAACCCUGCCAGAGUCAGAAUCCAAGCUGACACCCAUCAGUCAGUCAGGGUGUUGGCACAGUCCCAUUCAAUGGUGGCUGCAUCCUCCUGCAGGGGCAGAUGUGGUUCAGCUGGAGCAGUGCUCCUGGAGAAGGUGCAGUUUCCUCUGAAGCUCCAGGGAUGAUGUGGAAAAGUCUGGUUUUCCUCUGGAAUCCAGUGGAAAGAAGGUUCCUUGGUGUCCAAAAUGUCAGUUUUUAUCUGGGUAGGAAAGGCUUGGCUCCUCCCCUGGCUGGAGCAUCUCCCAGUGGGGUGAUGGAAUUUUAUCAGUCAUGCCCUGGGACUCAGUGGCCAUGAACAGGAGAUAUCUCCUGGAGGGAGGAUGGGCUGUGGGAAGAUAAAGAUGAUUGCCCAGCUGGUUUAAAGAUGGCCCAUGAGCAGAUAAUAUGUGCCAGGAGAUCAGGGGCACUGCCCCACCCGGCUGCAGCAGAUGGGGACAGAAUCCACAUUGCUGGUCACAUCCUGUAUUGCAACCCAGACAAACAUCCAGCAGUCUCCAUUUGGCAAGGCUCCUCUUGCCUCAAUAUUUUGGAAACCAGCGCUCCAAGGUGCCUUUUGGUGCUACUGGGAAUUAUCCACUCCCAGGUGAGCACAGGGCACGAUCACCUUUAGGCAGGAUCAUUGCCCAGCUGCUGAAUAUUCCCUCCCCCUGUACCAGUGCACACAAUGCUGCUUCUCACCCCCAGCAGUGGCAUUUAUAAGCAGCAGGACAGGAAAUCACAAAACAUGCUGGUAUCAGUGUCUGUGCAGUACUAAUACAAGAAUGGAUUGUAUUUGGCUGGAUCUUUGUGGUCAGGUAGUCUUUGAAAUACUGGGAAUUCUAGAUUAGACCAUGAAAGCACACACAGAAUUCCUUCUGAGCUAGCCAAAAAGUAAAAAUGUAAUUAUUUUUAAUUUAAAAAGAAGUAGCCUCAAUAAGUGCUCUCUUCCUUUUUUUUUUUUUUUCCUAAUUGAUAACAAUCACUUAAAUAUAUUUUAGUAUAGUUGCUGUCGUACUAAUUUGCUGGUUGUAGAUCUGAUGCUUCUGAUUUGUCUUCUAGGCCAUACAUCCCUUCUCAUUCUCCUCCCCCACCCCCCCAAAAAAAAAAAAAAGUUGCUAAAAGAAUAAGAUCUUAAGAUUAUAUUUUCCAAUUUCAGCUUUCUAACAAAAGACACAUUUUUCUUGUUUACUGUUCACAGACCUGUUUUCAAGUAGUUCCUUAACACUUUAAAAAUUAACUUUAGGUUGAAAAUACUUGCAGUGCCAUUAAGAGAAGAAUUGGAGCCAGAACUUUACCUGUGCCAGUGGUCCUUGAAUUUUAUUGUGUGCCAAGAACUCCUUUGUGCAGUUGACUCCAUUCCCUGGACUUCUUUCACAUCCCACUUGGAAAUACAUCCUGGUCCUGUAUAAUCUCCUUUUUCUCCAUCCUCAGGAAGUACAGGGGUGGAGAGGAGGACCACAAGGAGCUGGGAGAGUUCCAUCAAUGACAUUUUUUGUCCUAAAAACAACUCCAGCUGAGCAACUGAGUUUGCUCUGAUUUUACAGCAAUGUGUAUUUAGGCAAAUAAAUAAAAGACAUUGUUUGUAACAAUGGUCUCAUCCCAUCCCCCUCUGAUGAGGGAAAUUUAUUUUCACAGGGCCAAGCCAAACCUGCAAAGGGCAUUUUUAUUCCUGUGAUUUCAGAGAAGGGUUGUAGAGCUGAAUGUUUAAAUGAUUGUAUUUUCAGCAUAGUUUUCCUUUGUAAAAUUCUGUAGUAAAAAAUGGAGUUGAGAAUGUUUAGAGGUAAUAAGAAGACAACUGACAAUUUCUUGAUAGCACAAAGGUGUGGAUUACUGCAAUAUGUGCUGGAAAAAAUUGCCUUGGUAGCCAACACUCUGUGUGUGCAUAAACUGUACAAAGUUCAGUGUUUAAGACUUACCUGAAACAGGCAGUUCACAUUUUUUAUUGCAAAUUUUAUAUGGAGUUGCAGAGAUCUUUUAAGGCCUUUAACACUACAUUAACUGUUAUUUGAUAGUUAUUCAGGAAGUGUGGAAAGGAUUUCACCUUUAAGGAAGUUAUUCCAACUUUGAGAGGCAUUUCUUCACCUGUUGUUUUGUUUUGCUUUAAUUAGAAAAUGUUUUUAACAUUGAUUGAAAAGAAAAUGGGAUCAAAAUUUUUGAAAAAAGGGGUAUAGCCUUUCUAAUUCAAUCUUCAGGUGAUAUUAGGAUCUCUAUCCCACUUACUGUCAAGCCUCAUUACUCAAUUUUCCAAACUUGAUACUUUGUACUUUCAGGUCUUGCCAUUUUCAGAUAAACACUAUGUAAAAAAAUCAAAUUUUAUGCUGCAGAAAAAUAAAUGAUUAAUUCUUUCCACCUA